CCGCGACGAUCAGCUGACAACACGGCGGCGAAUCAGCUGAUUGCCUGGCGGCGAGGGCCCCGGAUCAGCUGUGGACGCGCCAGUCGGCGGCGGCAUUCGGCUCCCAGCAGUCGGGGGGAGGGUGUCGCCUGUCGGCUAAACGCGGAAUUCUAGUAAAGCCGAAUUGCACACCAGCUCUGGAUUAGUUUUAAUCAAACUUUAUUUGUAACAUUGAAAGGUAUGACGAGUGACUUUGGCGAAAGUUUCUACUGCUGCGAGACUGGUGUGUUUGAAGCGGAACAGGGCUGCAAGGCCAUUCAAGAUCCGGUUCUCCUCAACGAUCGUCGAGUCCUGACGAACCUGCUGGAUACUGAAAACGUCUACCUUCCUUCUAAUUCGUAUUUCAAGUGUGUACAAAACGAAAUAACUCCUCGAAUGCGACAAAUAUUGGCCUAUUGGAUGGUCGAGGUAUGCGAGGAGCAACAAUGCCAAAGUGACGUGCUCCCACUGGCAAUCAACUUACUGGACAGAUUUCUCAGUGUGACGAGCGUGAAAAAGGACCACUUGCAACUGUUGGGAGCCGUAUGCUUGUUUAUCAGCUCCAAGCUAAAAGAGACUCGCUGUUUGACGGCGGACUUUCUGGUGCAGUGUGCAGACAACAGCAUCACGACCGGAAUCAUUAUUGACUGGGAGCUGCUGGUGCUGCACCGGCUACGGUGGGAGAUCAACGCCGUCACGUCACACGACUUCCUGGACCCGCUGUUGCACCGCCUGUCGUUGGAGCGGUACCUGUCGUCCUCGCGAGUGCCGGACGUGCGGCGGCAGGCCCAGACCUUCAUCGUCAUGUGCAGUACAGAGUUCAAGUUUGUCUUCUACUCCGCGAGCACGGUGGCGGCUGCAAGCCUGGCGGCGGCCGUCCAGGGCCUGCUGCCGGCCAGCCGGGAAGGCGCCAUGAACGGCAUCUUCAGCCAACUACACCGCAUCACCGCCGUCGAAACGGAGCUGAUACGGAACUGCACCUACCAGAUCGAGGAGAUGUGCCGACUGUUCGCUGAGGAGCAGGCUAACCGUGAUGCCCUCGCGGCCUCCGGCGCCACAGCCACCGACGAGACCAAGUCCAGCAAAGCCGAGACGCCGACAGACGUGCGCGAGGUGCACUUCUGACGGCCGCCGUCACCGGCGGGGCGGCGUCGGGCCCGACGACCCGCCGCUCCCGCCCCCUCCUUCGUCGAAUAGUCAUCUCUUGCAAAGCGGUGUAGAUACGUUGUUUUUCUGAACGUUGUUUGGUGGCUCCGAUAUCGGGGUUUGCUGGUAAGGACCAGUCCGCAUUAAAUGGAAUUAGAUGAUAGACGCCCAAUCCCUCGUCGGCGACCGAAUCCCCGCAUGCCGAAGGCGCCGCAAUACACGCCUCAGUGAGUUGAAAAAGGGCUCAGGAACCGUGGAGCGCACUGCUGGGAUUGCGGCUCCUCAGCCAAGAGUCAACUGGUCACCGGCGCUAGAGUGUCCUGCCGAAGCCACGGGCGCUGGUCGGCCCCUCAUAUCAAGCGUCGGGUCAAUGCUGCAAUACCGGGUUGUCUUCGAAGUGCCUUCCAGCCAGGUGGCCCGUUGAGGGUCUGUGUGCCAUACUGGAGACGUAGGGGAGUGAGUGAGUGAGAUGAGUGACUGAGAGAGCCGAUGAGUGAGUGAGUCAGCGUGUGGGUUAGUAACUGGGAAAGCAAGCGACUGGGUGAAUGAGUGAGUGAGUGAGUGAGUCAAUGAGUAAGUUAAUGAGUGAGCGAGGCCCGUACUGGACGGUGAGUCGGACCCGGGACCACUGCCAGCUGCCACUGCCGAGGUCCGGCCAGCUCACUCGGCUGAGCCCACCAACUUCUGUGAGCUGAGCCAGGGAGACAGACCUUCAAACCUGCUCCCAACACUACAAUGCAUAUAGCUGAGAAUUCGGCGCGUGUGGCGUGUGCUUAGUUUUGAAUGCCGAAAACUUUGUGAUACGAUUUGUGUGCCAUUCUGUUUGAGGCGCUACUUGAGUAGUGAGGACAAUGAUUUUAGAAGUGGUUUGUCAGGCGGACGCGCUGCGUCCCAAUCGCUAUGAAAUACAACUGCGAACGUGUGCGUUUGAACCGUUUUGUUUGGUCGAACCAGUGGUUUGAUUUGUUUCGCAAGGGCCAAUUAAUUUUAUAGUGAGUGUGUUUACUGUCGUUCAUAUGUUCCUUCUCUUUGUUUUAUUCCUUGAAUGAAUGACAUUUUACGCUUUAUAUACGCACCUCACAGUUUGUUCAAUAUAUAAUUGUUUGUA